AUGGCAUCAACCAUCCAACAGAUGGAGGAGCGAGUUCAAGUACUUCGAACCAAAUUAGAUGCUGCUGAGCGAGAGAUCGCCGCAAAAUAUCAUGAGUUCCAAAAGUUGGUUGUUGAGAUGGAUAAAAACAAAAGUUUACUAGUAAAUCCAGACACGAACAUGAUGGGCUACAUAUCUGGCUUUUCUGGAGACAUGGCAGCCAGAGAGUUUGGGAUUAUCGUGAAUAACGUUAGACACUGGGUGGCCACCUUUUUCAGUGAGGCUACAGACACCGAAGAUAAGCGUGAAAAUAUAAUCGAUCAAGUUGAUAACUCACCAAACCGACUAAAGGGCUUGAAGAAAUGGAUGGAUAGUUACCACGAGUAUCUCGACACGGUAGCGUACUCUGACGACGCGGAUGAGGAGAUCCUUGUCGCACUCAUCCUUCGAAUACUGCACCAGCAGAUCUUCCAGCCAACAUUCUACAACGUUCUCAACGUUCAAGAUACUCUCGAUAUGGUCGGAGAUGCAAUGGCAAACCACCUCCGGCCCCCGAUCACACAAAAGGUAGCUCGCGCUUGGGCGGUCAACGGCAUGUAUGCCAUAUUGAAUUCGCCGAGAAUGACCAGUUUUCGUGAAAAGCGUGUCAACUAUGUGAUCAAUGAGAUCAUCCAUCUAGUGAAGUUUUGUGUUAGUUGGCAGAACCAACAAGCUGCAACUCAACUACGCAACACUAUUGUUGUACCCGCAAUUGCGCUCAAAGAGCUAAUGGCCACGACAAUUGAUCUGAUGGCCGUAACUUAUGAGGAGUUUUUCCUACCAUCGGCUGGCGGAAACAAAAAGCGUCAAGGUACGGACCCAGCAUUUUACUACAGACUCGGAGAUAUGAACUUUAAAGACAUAUCUGAUAGCUUCAAGAACCUAGAUAUUGAAGCAAUACGCGCUGCACUUAGUCAAUACCAUAUUGUCACUCGAUUAAAGAAGCACUGCGUUUCCAUUCCAGCUGUCACUUGUAGUUUUAUCGACGAUAAUCAGACCCAGUUGAUGUCGAACCAGACUGUAUUGGUUUCUUACAAAGGUGGAAAGAAGUCGGCUAAUCAGAGCCUGCUGAGGACUUUGUACGGUAUGGCUGAAUAA